GUCGGCCGCAGAGACGCGACGGCGGUGUCGGGGGGUGGCCGCGCACAUCGGACGCUCCCGAGAUCCGGUCAGCAUCAGAGCUCGCCGCUCUGGGUCGUCUGACAGACUUUUGGUCAGGGUCGUUUGAGAGAGGACUUACCGCGAGGAGAGGACCGUUGGAGGACGAUCUCUGAGAGGACUGGGCUCCUCUCAAGUGGCCGGAGAGAGGCGGUAGAGCAGUCGGCACUCAGCAGCCGACCGCUCCGGCGAGUGUUUGUCUUGGAAAGGUGACACCAGAUCAGAAGCUUGGCAUGGAAACGACCCGGCUCCCUCGACUUUGAGGGUCUCCAGCGAGGACUUACCACAAACCGCAAAGUCGUCCCAGCCGCCAUCUCUCCCGUGUUUCUACCGAGGUGUCCCCGCUAAAGACGGGGACGCGCGGCGGGCGCACGAGUCCCAGGCGGCCGGCACGUGACCUGGCGGGCUAUCCGAUCUCACCGAAUAACCGCAGUCAUCGAUCGCGCCUCAUCGGCACGGCGCGAUAGCUCCGGGGCACCGCGACGACACGUCCCCGACCGGGAACACGCCCACGGCGCCGACGAAAACCGCGACGCUCCCACACCGACGAAAAGCCGGGCACCGACGGUAGGUUGGGACGCCCACAUACCGACGGAGGCCAGGGCAGAUAGGUGCCGACGAAAAGCUGGGACGGCUACAGACCGACGAGAGGCUAGGACGUCCACGGAAGUAGGACAGUGGUGAAGGAGCGCGUUUGUGUCGGCUCUGGUGAAGACGGGCCGUCGAGCGACGAAGGUAAUUCACUGAGAACGCCAGAAAUGGACAAGCUGUUGCCCAGUUUGGGAUAAAUUGAGUUACAGCAAGUGAACGCCGAAAAAGUUUGCUGUCUUUCAAGAAGAAACUGUUGACGUGGGAAGCGAAAACUCACAACAAACAUGACGAACUUAACGAUGAUGGAUAACAGUUCUCUUGAGAACUGUACGGCACUGCAGCUGUUGGAUAACGACACGAUCAGCUGCGGGCCACCGCCGCCGCCCGUCUCGUACGCACUCAUCUUCAACGCGGUCAUCUACUCCAUUGUCAUGGUGAUCGGCCUGGGCGGCAACACGCUCGUCAUCUACGUCAUCCUGCGCUACAGCAAGAUGCAGACGGUGACCAACUUCUACAUCUUCAACCUGGCCGUGGCUGACGAGAUCUUCCUCAUCAGCAUACCGUUCAUCCUGACCACCAUGGCGCUGGGAGAGUGGCCGUUCGGCAUGGUGAUGUGCAAGAUCUACUGGACCAUCACCAGCAUCAACCAGUUCACCAGCAGCCUCUUCCUGACGGUGAUGAGCGCCGACCGGUACCUGGCCGUGUGCCAUCCUAUCAGCUCCACGCGCUGGAGGACGCCGCUGGUCUCCAAGAUCGUCUGCCUCACUGCCUGGACAGCCAGCUCUCUGAUGGUGGUUCCCCUCUUCAUGUACGCCGCAGAGUACGAGGGUCAGUGCAACAUCUUCUGGCCGGAGAAGGUUGGAGGAUUCAAGGGAGAGAAGGCCUUCACGCUGUACACCUUCACCAUGAGCUACCUGAUCCCAGUGAUCCUGAUCCUUGUCUUCUACAUCCUGGUGAUCGACAAGCUGCGCCACGUCGGCCCCAAGAAGCGGUCCAAGGAGCGCCGCAAGUCACACCGCAAGGUGACGCGCCUGGUGCUCACUGUCAUCACCGUCUACUUCUUCUGCUACCUGCCCUUCUGGAUCACCCAGCUGUCUCUCAUGGUGAGCAGCGAGUCCAAGGUCAACCACAGCCACUUCCUCGUCUGUCUUAUCCUCCUGGCGUACGCUCUCACCUACAUCAACUCAGCAGUCAAUCCGGUUCUCUACGCCUUCCUCAGCGACAACUUCAAGAAGUCCUUCGUGAAGGCGUGCCAGUGCGCCCGCGCUCCAGACGUCAACAACGUCCUGAACGUUGAGAACUCGGUCUUCCCGCGACGCAGCAAGCAGACGGGCGGCGGCAAGUCGACGGACCUGCAUGAGAUGCAGGAACGCGGAAUGACGCACGAACCCAGCACGGGGGUAACGGUGAUGACACCGCGUUCGACAGCUCGCUCCAGUCAUGUGGACAGCACCAAUGGACACCUUACACUCAAAGUGCCCAUCAAGGUGUAGUAGCACCUGAAGUCGACUAGGUGGCCAGCCGUAAGGGUGAUGGCUAUAGAGGUAUGUGUAGAAAUAUAGACAUUGACAGACUUUAGAUAGAUGCUGAUAUCCAGAUGUGUUAGUGCUCGACUUCGUGUGUUAUCGUUUGCUAUUCAUCUAGCAUGUAUUGACAGGACGCACACAUAAAUGACACACAAAGCUUAUCACCUACGAAUUCGCGAUUGUGAAACAAUUCGAAUGGGCACCAUUUGCAGGCCUCGAACACUUUUGGCAUCACGUUAUUGAAAGCCAGUCAAUAACUAAAGAAGUUUCCACGCAACUCCUUUUCUGUGGGAUGCCUGCGUUAGAUGAUUGCUGUGGUUGUCGAUAUGAAUGACAGGUCAAUGUGCUAUGAAUUUGAAUCCCUGUUAUCACUUUAAGGAGCCAUCUUUUCCGUGCGAGCGAUGUAGGACGAACAGCAAGACGUUGACCUGAAAAGCUGCUCUUGGUGUUCUAUGUACGCGAAGUAGUGCCAACAUUAUCGUGUAUAUCGUAUUGCCAUGUCCAUGUCUGCGCUGUAUUUAAACGCUUGGCUGUCUGUACAAGUGUUACUGAUGGGUGGAGAAUCACCUGCUAUGCUCUUAGACGUGUUGAUUAAAAACCUCUGAUACCAACAAAGGGACUCUAGCUGAGCAUCUUGUAACAUCAACUGACGGCCGAGCCUAGGUUGCUGGUGUACUUUGGGGACUUCACCUGAGAGCACAGCUGAAAGGCGUUGGGUCUGCAGGUCUGUGCAGCGUCUGACUGCCCUGGAGCCAGCGCUAAACUGUGUUACUGUGAACGUGCUUCAUAAGCUGGAUGUUCGUCUAACACCUUCGGGCAUGGGCUUUAACGACCGAGCGGAGCCGAGCAGCCGCCCGUGGAUUUGGAUGUUUCGUUGGUGUUUGAUGUCGCGACGUGAAGUGAGCUACCUUUCUUGAAUGGCUGUGAGUGUUUGACACCUGUUUCCCUGCGCUAAGUGUGAUGUAAGCUAUCGUUUCAGAGGCAACUGCGAUGUUCAAUCGGGGUGUUGACUUGCAUAUUUGCUGUAUGUAGGUAUGUCUGUUCUGGUGUCUGUUCCGCAAUGUCGCGGCAGCGAUACUUACGGGGCGAACAGUAUCUUACGGGGUGAGCAGAUUCCCCAUCGGAUGGUGAUAGGAGUUCUGAGCCCUCCUGCUGCCAUCCCAAUCCUCUGAAGACCCGCUUCCAGGGUUGGUGAGCCCCACUGCGACCCAUGGGGAGCCAUGACACCCCUCCAUCUCCUCCGGGGGUGUCACGGCUUGCCUGGACUCAGGUCGCCCAUCACAAUGAUUGUUUUUCAGCGGCACGGAAUCCAGUCGUGAAGCCGACAGGGCCCACUAUGGUUCCGGCCGUACAUACGGCUUUAUGGCAUCAUAAAGUGCAGCUCUGUAUGGUCCCAGGAGUGAGCUUAAUUGAAUCGGACCCGGCGAGUCUGGUCACGACAGCGCCUGGACGAUGGAAUGGCGUGCGCUUGGUCAUGGCGGUAGAGGAUUUCGUGCCAGAAUCAAGCGCGAACCCUCGCAGACGCGAGAUGUCUAAGCCUGCCUUGUGUGCAACUGGGCUGGUGGGAUUUCGUUUCAUAUCCGUUAGCGUCGUAUUUCUUUACGAAAUAUUCUGGCAUUAUUUCUCUCUGAGUUAUCUAGCCGGAAGUAAUUUGCUUGCGUUUCUGUGACUCAUAAAUUUGCACUCGUAGUUAAUUAACUGGACAUGUUCUACACAAUGCCCUUGUGUUGUUCCAUUCUAACCCUAGCUGGCUGAUCAAGUCGCAAAUGUUUGAAGAACUUCUGCUGUUAUAUCAAGGACUCAUAUGACCCAUGGACUUUUCUAGAUUGACACCAGAACAAAUUGUUAAACGUUACACCGGUUCUGAACGUAAUAAGUUAAGUUACAUUCAUUGUUCUUUCUUUCUGAAAUAAAAACCAACAUAAAUUACCAAAAAAUGAUACCCUUGCACUACAUCUAACCCCAGCGGUCAGCACUACAGCUGAUCUCUAUUAGACCCCAUCUCUUUAUCUGACCUCCAUUAGACUCCAGUACUGCUUCUCACCUCUAUCAAACCCUAACAUCUGACCUCUAUCAGACCCCCACUACAUCUGACCUCUAUCAGACCCCACUACAUCUGACCUCUAUCAGGCCCCACUACAUCUGACCUCUAUCAGGCCCCACUACAUCUGACCUCUAUCAGGCCCCACUACAUCUGACCUCUAUCAGGCCCCACUACAUCUGACCUCUAUCAGGCCCCACUACAUCUGACCUCUAUCAGGCCCCACUACAUCUGACCUCUAUCAGACCCCACUACAUCUGACCUCUAUCAGGCCCCACUACAUCUGACCUCUAUCUAACCCCACUACAUCUGACCUCUAUCAGGCCCCACUACAUCUGACCUCUAUCAGGCCCCACUACAUCUGACCUCUAUCAGGCCCCACUACAUCUGACCUCUAUCAGGCCCCACUGCAUCUGACCUCUAUCAAACCCUAACAUCUGACCUCUAUCAGGCCCCACACGGCCCGCCGCGACUCCCGACACCACGUCCCUCCCGGGGGAGGCCGACCUCCAGCGCGCGGGCGGCUCUCCCGGGACCCGGGACCGGCAACAGACCCGUGAUCCUAUCCGACCAGCGCUCGAUGUCUGGACGGCGCGGCCCGACUCGCGCCCUCAGGGACCCACCCGGUCAUGAACUGGGUCACUCACGAAAUGGAAUUUCGCUCGGCGCCGCCGUCGAGACCUGCCGAUUUCCCUCAACAUCCAGAUAUUGGCGGCGCUGCGACCGCCGCCGGGUAAAAAGUUUGGGGCUUAGAGCUGGGAUGAGAACUUUGGCAGGUCGCCACAAUGAAUUGUCUUCUGGCGCAGUGCCGGAGGCUUUACAAAGUUUUCCAAUUACCAUCCCCCGCGGUUAUUUUCUCCUCGCCUUGGCUGAAGUCUUUGAGGUUCCUUGUUGGAGCCUGAAUUUUCUUGACGCUCUCUCUCUCUCCUUCUCUCUCAUCCUGGCCUUGCUCCCUUCCUCUCUUUUCCA